GACAUCGCCAAAACUGUUCCAAGGUAACACUUGGGUGACUUUCCGAAUGCAAAAUACACUUCGUUUCCAUAGCUACCUCAUUUGCAUUUAAGGUAAAUAAAAAUACAUGUUAAUAUAAUUCCGUACUUGAGUUGUGAUUCUGGGGGUGAGGUAGUCUGGUUAAUGCGUCACAAGGAAGACCCGGGUUCGAUUCUUCAUAUGGUUACAAUCUGUGAAGCCCAUUUGUGGUGUUCUCCGCCGUGAUAUUGAUGGAAUAUUGCUAAAAGCGUCAUAAAACCUAAACUCACUCCUUCACUUGAAUUGUAAGUGAUCUGUUCCAAAGACUUUAAGAGACACCUAUGCAGGUCCGGUUAAAAAAAAAAGAAGUUACAAAUCGUCCGUUGUUAAAUAGCAUAAUGUAGAUUCUUGAUUUCCGUCCUGAUGAAAUGAAACUCAGAAGUGAAAUGCAGAGAAGCUCACCAGAAAGCACAAAUCUUGCAGAUCGGUAGAAUCUGUCUUCAUCACUGGGAGCAGUAAAGGGUGGGUCUUGGUCUUGUGAAAGCCUUCCUGGAUCUUCCCAACCCACCCAAGCACAUGUUUGCGUCUUGCAUUGACCCUGACAACGACGAGGCCACGGAGCUGAGAGAAGUGACCUCACAAAAUCCCAGUGUUACGUUGGUCAAGCUGGAUGUGCGAUCUGACGCUGACAUCGCCAACGCCGUAACGAUAGUGCAACGUGUCCUGGGAGAGAGAGGGUUAAACUUACUUAUUAACAACGCUGCCAUCAACUCACAGGUGUAUGGACUGGAGGCAUUGACAAGGGAGGAGAUCAUGAGUCACUGUGAUUGUAAUGUAGCAGGUCCGCUCCUCAUAUCACAAGCGCUGCUUCCUUUACUAAGAAAAGCAUCCAAACAAAACGAAAGUAAAUCUCUCGGAUGUAACAGGGCAGCCAUUGUCAACCUCUCUACUGGCCUAAUCAGAUCUGAGGACUGGGGACCAGAAGAACGUCGAUAUUCCUACAUACUGACCAAAUCAGCCAGCGCCAUUGCUUCUGCCAUGAUGUCCCGGGAACUGUUUCCUGAUGGAAUCCUCGUGGUGGGAAUGUGUCCUGGGUGGGUGAAGACUGAAAUGGGGGGACCCAGCGCACAGAUCACCGUGGAAGAAAGUGCCAAAUCACUUUUGGAAAGACUGAGUAUAUUGGAAGCUGAACAUCGUGGUAUGGUUUCUCUGGGGUCUUCGGCUUUUACUAUUUAAUUUGUCACUUUUGAGUGAUGCUCGAAGUAGAUUCAAUAUUUUUCUUGCAAAACCCCAGCAAAUAAUUGAAUUUCAACUAAAAAAAUACACGCAUUAGUGACGUU